AUCAGCUAUCGGUGUGAAGGUUCAAAGGUGAUCGCCACUUCUCCUCGCCGCAGUAUACAGCAAGUGUCUGCCGGUGGUGAGGACCAGUCUCACACGAUGCGCCUACUGUUGCUGCUGGCCUUUCUCUCUGUCGCUGUGGCAGACGUGUCCGACGAUGACAAUAUACCCAUCAAGUGCUACGUCUGCGAUUCCACAAAGGAUUCUCGCUGUGCAGAUCCAUUCAACCGUCCGGCGGACCUGCUGGUGACCUGUCCGGGAGAGUACAGCUGCGUCAAGAAAAAAUUCAGAUAUCCAGAUAGCAUAGAGCGAUGUUGCUCAUGUAACGUCACCGACACCAGACUGGGAUGCUGUGCCAAGCAUGAUCGGUUAGCGUACAAAAACAGCUAUUGCUUUGCAGAUGGCUGCAAUGGCUCCAACUUAGAGUUUUAAAGAGAAAAUGAUGCUGAUGACAUUUAAAGUACGCCAGGACGUCACUUCUGUUAUCUAUCACGUCUUCUGUCAACACACGUAUGCUUACUAAACUCAAAUAUAUUGCAGCAUGCCACACAUAUGUUUAAAACAUUUAAUAUAUACUAAAUAAACUGCAGAAUCAAAUUUA